GAUUUUGGGGUGUUAAUCUCUGUGGGUGUUAAUUUAAAUUAUUAAAUUUAAUAAAUAUAGGUGUUAUGUUAGGAGAAAUUGAGUUACAGAUUUACAAUACAGUUACAGAAAACUUAAUGAAAGGAAUAUUACUAAUAGAUUUGGGAUAAAACGGAUUCAUUGAUGUUUACCAUAAUUUGAAACAGUCCUAUUGUUUAUGUUUACAAUAUGAACAGAUCAAGGUUUUCCAUGCUGGUGCUUGAACCUGGUGAAAUUUAUUUUGAAGAUUUCUCAUGCAUUAUGAAUACACAAGAAUCAAAAACAUUAGGUCAAGUUAGAAAUGGCCACUUAAAACUUUGUUCUAAAUCACUGGUUUUCGAACCUACAGAAUGGAUCUACCCACUAACAAAAUUUCAUUUUAAAGACUGUUGCGAUAUCAGUAUUGUAAAACCAAUGUAUGAGAAUGACAUAAAAAAUGUUAUUAAAGUGAAUAUUAAGCAGUAUUCUGAAAUGUUAGAACAAAAUAUUGUAGCACCAUAUAAAUUUAAGUAUGAAAAUAAGGACUUUUAUUUUUUCUUUGAUUUUGCCUCUGCCGAAGAAUGCCUGUACCAAAUGCAGCAAUUACAGAGAGCAUCUACUCUACAUGCACCUGAACACAAUAGCAUGGUGGCUACAAUCCUACAUUCACGUUACAUGAGAAUGGUAUUUGACCCUGUUAUGAUGGAAGACUUCACAGAAGAAAUUAUAUGUGAAUUGCAAGUGGAAAAAAUAUCACCCCUUGUAAGGCAUCAAGGAAAAUUAGCACUGACACCUUCAACACUGUACUUCCAGCCUUUUAGUAAUAUUGAAAAUAGUCCUAUAUUUAAGCUGAAAAUGGAAAAGAUGAGAAAAAUAUAUAAAAGAAGAUUUCUAUUAAGGCAAGUUGGUCUUGAGAUUUAUGGUGGAGAAGAAAGUACUGUAUCUCAUAUUUACCUUACGUUUCCAUGUGAAGAGGACAGGGACAGAAUAUACAGAAUUCUUGAAGAAUCACCGUAUGUUCAAUUAGAUAGAGUGCAUGUAGAAGAAAUGACAUUACAGUGGCAAAAUGGCAUUGUCUCUAAUUACGAUUAUUUGAUUUAUCUUAACUGCCUUGCAGACAGAAGUAAAAAUGAUCUCACUCAAUAUCCAGUAUUUCCAUGGGUGGUUGCUGAUUAUAGUUCAGAAAAGCUAGACCUGACUAAUUCUGAUACCUUUCGAGAUUUAUCAAAACCAAUGGGAGCUUUAAAUCCUGAACGCUUGGAAAAAUUAAAAGAAAGAUAUAAUGAAAUGAAUGAACCAAAGUUUUUGUAUGGAUCCCAUUAUUCUGCCCCGGGUCUAGUAUUGUUUUACCUUGUUCGAAAAUAUCCACGGUAUAUGUUGUGUUUACAAAAUGGAAAAUUUGAUCAUCCUGAUAGAAUGUUCAAUUCGGUGCGAGAUGUGUACAACAACUGUUUAAAUAACAUGUCCGACUUUAAGGAAUUAGUUCCAGAGUUUUAUGACACGAGUGCUAAGGCUGAUUUUCUGGUGAAUAAGCAUGAAAUAGACUUUGGGGAACGUUACGACGGGUCGAAAGUCAAUAAUGUUACGCUUCCACCAUGGGCAAGCUCCCCAGAGGAAUUUGUAUCAACUCUCCGUGAAGCUUUGGAAUCUGAUUUUGUUUCUAGACAUUUGCAUUUAUGGAUUGAUCUCAUUUUUGGUUAUAAACAAAGAGGCGAAGAAGCUGUCAAGGCUAACAAUGUAUUUCAUCAUGUGUGCUACGAAGGUUCGGUUGAUCUUGAACGCGUUUACGAUAUGAACGAUAGACACGCAUUAGAAGUACAGAUAAUGGAGUUCGGACAAGUGCCUAAGCAACUUUUUACUAAACCACAUGUUAGAAAGGUUACACCACAAAUUCCAAAAUUAUUGAGUCAAGGGGGAAGUGAAUUUCGACCGGUUCAAAUAAAGUGUAUAGAUACAAUACGAUUACAUAAAGAAGCUGUCACUUGUGUGCUUCGGCAAGGCUCGAAAAUUAUUUCUGUAGGAAAGGAUGGCACGCUGAAAGUGUAUGAUUUGGGCCAAGGCAAACAGAUGCGGAGUGUAGUCUUGUGUUCGACACCUUUAAGUUCUUGCGUGAUGGUUGAUGAACAUACAGUCGCAGCUGGUUCGUGGGAUAAUGAAAUAUACUUGUAUAACGUGGAAUACGGAAGGGUUGUGGAGAGUUUCCGUGCACACGACGAUUCAGUUAGUUGCCUACUUUGGCUAAUUAAAGAACGGCUUUUAAUAUCUGGUGGUUGGGAUGGGGUGGUACGCGUGUGGGGCAGCGUAGGCAAAAUCGGUCAAGCUUUGCGCGGCUUGAAAGCGGAAUUCGACCAUGACGGGAAGAUUACUGCAGUAACUUACAGGUACCGGCGUUUUGAGUUGGAUAUAAUAACGGGAACUAGUGACGGCGAGGUAUUUAUAUGGGAUUUCACAUCUAAGGAGUUGAUGAACAAGGUCCGAAUUCACUCGUCACCGGUGUGCGGAGUUUCGUUAGUUCUGUCCGGAGAUAGUAUCGUCACAACCAGCGAAGAUGGCGAUGUAUACGUAACGGAUUUGAGCGUUUUGCACUCGGUGUAUCACAAGCGUAUGUCGGCAGCAAUGUUAUCACUUUGCUGGGAUGGCUGCAGUACACUGUGGCUUGGCGGCAGUGCUGGCACCUUGAUGCAAUGGAACAUGAUCACCGUGACACAAGUCGAUCAACAGAAUGCUCAUAAUGAUUCAAUCACAUCGCUUCACCUAGAUGUCGACUCUAAAACUCUGAUAUCAGCUAGCAAGGACAAAACUGUUAAAAUCUGGCAAUUGAUUCAAAGUUCUUGAUGUUAUCAGUGGCUUCAACAUAUAGUAUUAUUAUUCAUUUUCAUAAUACAUAAUGUGUACAUAUAAGAGCGAAUAAAAACAAGACCUUGUAUAAUGGCAAUAAAGUAUUAUUUUGUAUUAGAUAUUUCAUUUUCAUUUUUAAGUUUAGCGUUUAAAAUACAGGUUGGUACAGAAAAGUAAAAUGUGAAUCAGUAUAUUUUUUUAAAAGCUUUUAUAUAACUUGCAAUGUAUGUUUCAGUGGAAUAACAGUACAUACAUUAAUUUUUCUUAGACUUAUUAACACGUCAUAACAGUUUGUCCAUGUUGCAGUAGAUGUCGCUAUUUUAAAAUUUUGCUAUGCUAGGCCUAGAAAAUGUCGUUCCACUUUACGUAGAUUGCUAUUAAGAAUCAAACAAAUUAAUGAAUAGUUAAAAAUAUAAACGAAACUUGCUAAAAAAAGUAAUGCACCAUUAUCGAAAAAAUAAAUAAAAACUAUUAUAACCUAAAAUGUGUGUGAAUAUUUAUGAAGAAGAUAAAUUAUAAGGAGUAAAAGAGAUCCUUUUGAGGAAUUAAUAGAAACAAAUUAUGUUUACAGACAAUAAAGAAAUGAUUAU